ACGUAGUUUGAUUGAGCCAGCAGACACCACGUGUCUAACCUCGUAAAUCACAGAAAAAAGGAGAAUAGUCACCCUAUCCCAUAACAGACAGGCCUUUAUUCAACAAAUCCUAUCCGUCCAUUUGUAGGACGUGUGAUAAAUCUGUUGCGUGUUUGAGGCGGUUUCGUAUGAGUUAAGGCGUCUCUGAAGUAUAUGUCAAGCAAGCUUCCCUGUGUUUUUACUGAUGCAAAAUCAGAGUUUAAAAGUUAUAAUUUUUGAGUUCUGAUAUUUGGAGGAGACAAUAAUGGCAAGUAACAAUAUGGAGCUUCCUGCGCCUCUGUCUUGGAAGAAACUGCUCAUGCCGAAAAAGGGUAUUAGAGCAAAGAAGAAUGAGGUUGUAUUUGUUGCUCCAACAGGAGAGGAGAUAAGGAAUAAGAGGCAGUUGGAGAAGUACCUGAAAACACACAAUGGAAAUCCUGGUAUGUCAGAAUUUGAUUGGACUACUGGUGAGGCUCCGAGGAGAUCAGCACGAAUCAGUCAGAAGGUUAAGGCAAUGCCACUUCCAGCAGUGCUUGAGCCAGCAAAGAAACGACAACGUACGUCUUCAUCUACAAAAAAAGAAGAGGAAAUGGAUGCCGCAAAUGCAGGGAAGGAAAACAUGGACAAGAAAGAAAUGGGAUCUGUCAUGGAAGCAACGGAAGGCUUGGAAAAGGAGGAGAAUGUAGUAGACAAUGAAACGGUGGACAAGGAAGUAGACGCAGAGCACAAGAAAGAAGAGGAAUUGUCUGGUGGAGAGGUCUUGCAGAGGCAGAAAUCUGAAGCCAGUAAUGACGCUCUAGCCGAGGAUGGAGGCAAGCUGGCUCAAAAUGGCAUAGAGGAUACUAUAGUAGAAGUUGAAAUGGAGGACAAGGGGGAUGAGAUGGGCGCUUAUAAGGAAAAUAUAGAGCAUAAAAUAGAAGGGGAAAUCUCUGGUUCAGAGGUUUCAGAUAGGAAAACUAAGGCCAGCAAUGAUAUUCAGUUUGGGGAUGGAAGUAAAAUGGCUGAAAAUGUUACAGUGGUGACUACCGCAAUCGAUGCAGACUUCUGGAAUGAUUCCAUGGACAAGGACUAUUUCAAGGGAGCGUUUGCAAAUGCUGUAAUUGGAGAUACAAAUGCUGCUGAAGCAGGAAUAGAAGUCGGGGAGAAACCAGGAUACGGGGAAAAUCUAGAGUGCCUGAUUGACAUAGAAAUUAGUGGAGCAGAUGAUGUGAAUCACGACAUGCCAGACAUGGUCACAUCAGAGAAAAAUGUCGCAGGAGGGGAGACGUUCAACGUUCUGGACCCUGCAUUUGUUGAAGGAACUGGUGGUUUCCAUGAAGAGCAUAGGCCACUGGAAGAGGAGAAAAAUAAGAACAGUACUGGUCUGGUGAUGGAUAAUGGCCAGAUUAACCAGCCGGAGCGGGCACAUACCCCGCAACAUCAAUCUUCCGCUACCAUAAGUUGCUGAGUGUAGCACCUAAAAUAAAUUAGGCCUUCGCCCAGUGCAUGUUUAAUCCAUACUUGGACGAGUAUAAUAGUUUGUUUAGUAGCUUAGGAAUUAGCUUUUCUGGAGAUCAACUUUCCUUAUCUUCUGUAACAUUGCAUCUGUGAUCUGUACUUUGUGAUAUAUUGUGGUUUCUUAGUAUCUUACUAACAUAAAUAAAUGUCAACUAAUUCAUUGUGA